GAAAAAUGAAGCUCCCUGUUUUUGUAGUAGAUGCAUUUACAGCAAAAGCAUUUCGUGGGAAUCCUGCCGCUGUUUGCCUCCUAGAAAAUAAAUUGGAUGAAGACAUGCAUCAAAAAAUUGCAAGAGAAAUGAACCUCUCUGAAACUGCUUUUAUCCGAAAACUGCACCCCACUGACAAGUUUACACAAAGUUCCUGCUUUGGAUUAAGGUGGUUUACGCCAGCGAGUGAGGUUCCCCUCUGCGGCCACGCUACCCUGGCUUCCGCGGCUGUGCUGUUUGACAAAAUAAAAAAUGUGAACAGCACUCUAACCUUUGUCACUCUGAGCGGGGAACUGAAGGCCAGAAGAGCAGAGGACGGUAUUAUCCUGGAUCUACCUCUUUAUCCUGCCUACCCCCAGGACUUCCAUGAAGUGGAGGACUUGAUAAAGACUGCCAUAGGUGAUACCCUAGUCCAAGACAUCCGCUAUUCUCCAGGUACCCGAAAACUCCUUGUCCGGCUCAGUGAUACUUACAAGAGGUCAUUCCUGGAGAACCUGAAGGUGAACACACAGGAUCUGCCGCAAGUGGAAAACACAGGGAAGGUGAAAGGACUCAUUCUCACCCUUAAAGGAGAGCCUGGAGGGCAGACCCAAGCGUUUGAUUUUUACUCCAGAUAUUUUGCACCGUGGGUUGGUUUGGCUGAAGACCCUGUAACAGGGUCUGCACAUGCUGUUCUCAGCAGCUACUGGUCCCAGCAACUGGGGAAGAAAGACAUGCAUGCCUUUCAGUGUUCCCACCGAGGAGGAGAGCUGGAGAUUUCACUGCGUCCUGAUGGACGGGUUGACAUUAGGGGCUGCACUGCUGUUGUUCUAGAGGGCACACUGACAGCCUAG